GCGUAGCAUUGAAAUACCAGACCAGGUGUCACGGGUUUUUGAAUAAUCAAUAAGACAUUUGUUUGCUAACUUAACAUUUAUGUAAACAAACAUUGAUGAAGAAUAAUGAUACUUUCGCGGGCAAAACCAGCCCUUUCGGAGAACAGAAAAUCAGGAACACGCAAAGAUGUCCCUAAGCUUGAAGAAUUUUUGGAUAAGCGGGAUUAUGCUGGUGCGCUGACGUUGGUUGAAUUUAAUAAAUCCAGUAGCAAUGCUCAGGACACUGAUAUGUGGAUUGCCUACUGCGCAUUUCAUCUCGGAGACUACAAGAGAGCUACUAGUGUCUACGAAAGUCUGAGGAAGAAAGGCAGAAGCGAUGUAUUUACCAACUUGGCUUGCUGUUAUUUUUACUUGGGAAUGUAUCCGGAGGCUAAGGAAGCCUUGAAUGAUGCUCCUGACAGCAGCCUGAAGACCCGGGUGAUGUUCCACUUGGCUCACAAGAUGGGAGACGAAGCUAAACUCAAGGACUAUCAUGGAAAACUUAAAGAUGUUAUUGAAGACCAGUUGUGUUUAGCUUCUAUUCAUUAUCUUCGCGCUCAUUAUCAGGAAGCCAUUGACAUUUACAAAAAGAUUCUUCUUGACAAUCGAGAUUACUUGGCACUGAAUGUUUAUGUGGCACUCUGCUACUAUAAACUAGAUUAUUAUGAUGUAGCUCAAGAAGUUCUCCAAGUUUAUUUGCAAAAGUAUCCAGACAGCGCUAUUGCGAUUAAUUUAAAAGCCUGCAAUCACUUCCGUCUUUAUGACGGCAGUACCGCUCAAGCUGAGAUGAGACAGUUGGUAGAAAAAACGACAUCUUCAUACAGCUUUGGACAUGAUUUAAUUCGCCACAAUAUUGUGGUCUUCAAAGAUGGUGAAGGCGCGUUGCAAGUCUUGCCGGGUUUAGUAGAUGUCAUACCAGAAGCUCGAUUGAAUCUUGUGAUUUAUUAUCUCAAGCAGAACGACAUUCAAGAGGCUUAUGAACUAAUAAAAGAGCUCGAACCAGCAGUACCUCAAGAAUUUAUACUAAAAGGAACAGUUUACGCGGUAAUUGGACAAGAGACUAGCUCACGAGAUAUUAUAAAGACGGCUCAGCAGUACUUCCACUUGGUGGGUUCAUCAACUUCUGAAUGUGACACGAUACCAGGUCGUCACUGCAUGGCAGCUUGCUUUUUUCUUUUACGUCAAUUCGAAGAGGUCCUCGUUUAUCUUAAUUCUAUAAAAACCUACUAUACGAAUGAUGACAGUUUCAAUUUUAAUUACGCUCAAGCACAAGCGGCUGCUGGUUACUUCAAAGAAGCUGAGGAAGCAUUUCUACUUAUCCGCAGUGAACGGUUUAAAAGCGAUUAUGUUUACAUAAGUUUACUUGCUUAUUGCUAUAUAAUGAAUAAGAAGGCUCAUAGCGCUUGGGAACUUUAUUUAAAAAUGGACACUUCGACCCAAUCAUUUAAUUUGCUACAACUUAUUGCUAAUACUUGCUACAAAAUUGGUGAGUUUUGGUAUGCUGCCAAAGCCUUUGAUAUGUUGGAACGUAUGGAUCCGUCACCGGAACACUGGGAAGGUAAACGAGGUGCUUGCUGCGGUACUUUUCAAUACAUUGUGGCUGAAAAACAACCCAAAGAAUUAUUAACUGAAGUAAUACAGUUGCUCAGAAAUACUUCAAAUUCUCAAGUCGAACAAAUAAUUCGAGUUAUGAGAAAGUGGGGAAAAGAUAAGAGGAUUCCUUGUUAAUAUAUAUAAUAAAUCAUUUGUAAUUGAUGCCGUCCAAAUUGUGUCUUAAUGUUGGUUAAAAUAUAUUUAAUAAUUUGAAAAAUUGGCCAUUUUUAAUU